AUGUCAAAUAGGUACAAAUUUGUGUAUAACGCGUGUGUUGAGUUCUUCGGUGUGACGACACUGGAAAACGGUGACGUCAUCAAGGAGUUCCUUGACAACGAGGAUGUUACCGUACUGGCGGCCGUUUCCGUGGACGAUGAAGUGCUGCUGCAAAACAGUGUCCCGGUCGAGAACCAGUAUGGAUUGCUGUUUUACAAGAUUCCGAACCUCGAUUUUAGUGGUCACACGGGAGCAGCCAAGAUCGGGUUGCUCACGCUGGAAGGUGGAUUGGCCAAGUCUAUCUACAACUCUCUGCAGCGCGUGUUUUCACCGUACAUACUGAAGAAGUGUGAAUAUCCGGCCGAGAUACGUACCUUGCUGCAGAAUCUUCACUCCAGUCUGGGACUUUCGCUCGGAUUGACAGAGUCGGGAAUUUUGUCUCUUCACGAUGAGGUUAGCUUUUGGAUGCACAAGACGAAGGCAUUGCCAACCAAGGCGGACCGGGAAGCAGCUCGAUCAUUUGCAACCAUUUUGGAAAGGAUUAGUCAACAAUUUGGCGACAACGAGACAAUGAGCUUGAGCAAGCUGGACGAACUGAUUGACGUGUGCCAGUCGGCGCUGGACGAAAUAUGGCGCUUGCCGAAUCAUUAUCCACAGAACCGGAUGUGCAGCAUUUUCGAUAUGAUCUCCGUUCGAGUCGUAAAUUCAUGCACAGAGCAUCUAACCGAGCUGGACGUAUGGGACAUUGGCACCGUUUCGCUAGAUGACGCAAUUGGGCACGUGAAGGAAACGCUCGAUUCUUGGAUACAAACAUUCGAUUCCUUGACGCGUUUGUUUUGGCCAAACUGUGAGCCUCACCCUUGGUUGGGAGAACCGUAUCGAUCAAAGCUAUUGACGAAAUUCCAAACUCGUUAUAAGGAGAUUUUGGAGAUACGUCACGUAAAAGACCUGCUUUAUGCAUUAUUCUUUGAAAGUGAGAAAUAUUUCCCACUUGCAAACGAAGUCGCGUUGCCGUUUCAUGGAAUAAAUAUAUACGAUCUCACACCGCUUGGAAACAAACGUUGGGAAACUGCAAAGGCUAAAAUGGAGCACGCUCUCGCGAAGAUUGAUGAAAGUGCAGCUUUCAUACUACAGCAAAAGAUUCUCGAAACUGGUGGAAAUCCUCGUCACACCGUGAUGGUGUUUAAUCGUUACAAAGAAAUUCUAACACGUCCGCUAAUCAUGGAAACUCUAGCUUCGGAGCGCAAUCAAGUGUUUCGUGGCAUCGAUACGAUGAUACGAGAGUUGCGUGAAAUGCUUAACACAACCAACUUCACGGAAAGCAACGUGACCCCGAUUGUCGCCGAAACACGGUGCUACCGUGUGGUUGAGGAUGAGCUGGUGCAGCUUGAAUCGAUCGUCAGUACGUUGUGUCGUGAUCGGGAUGGGCAGGCGGAAGCACUGAAACGCAUUACCGAGUUCAAGGAGGAAAUGCAGGCUCUGAUUCGCGGUAACUUUGAAACGUGGACAGAAAACUCCAUGAUGGCCAUCAGGGAUGGAGUGUUGAGCCUGCGAGAAAACCAACCCGUCGUAGUGUUUGACAAGUCGGACAAUCAGCUCAUGAAGGUGACGUUCGGACCGAAACUGGUCACGUUCAUCGAUGAAGCGCGCCAUCUGCAAAAUCUGGGAUUGAAACACUCGCCAGAAAUUCUGCGCAAUGUGUCCCAUUCGAUGCGAUUUGUUGCACACGCUAGGCGAUUGCAGCAGGUGGCCACGUUUCACAACACAAUCGGCGGUGUUAUGGUGCCCUGCAUUCGGCCGAUCAUGUUGAAAAAUGCGAUCGAGUUUUCAAAACUGGUAAAGAGUGAGUCCGUGUCCUGGAGCGAGGAAGAAUCCGUGGAGCGUUACAUCGAAGCAUUGCAGGAGGCGGUAAAGCGCUUGCUGAAAGACAACAACCAACUCACGGGACAUCAUGAGCAAGCGCGCAAAGCUAUUCUGAAGCUAAUGGACACGGAUCUUAUUCGACAGGCAAAUGUGUGGAAGGAAGAGAUACGCAAUCUAAGGGACAUCGUUGUGAGCAUGGAACGCCAGGGAUAUGGGAAUUUGAACCCGUUCAAGCUGCACUGGGACCACCAACUGUACAAAGUGCUCGAGUACCAGUACAUUGUCGGGUUGCUGGAUGUGCAUCAGAAGCUGCCAGAAAUCCAUGUUGAUAUCAUAUUUCGCCAACAGCGAAUACAAUUUCGACCAACGCUAGAAGAGAUUCGAUCAAAGUACUAUUCGCAGGUACGACGGUUCAUAGAAAAGCCGGUCAAUUUCAAGGGUCUUUCCGAUCAGAGCGGUGCACUGUUUAAGAUUAUGAUCGACCGGAACUAUCAGCACUUUGGCGUUAUAUACGAGAAGGCAGAGAUCGUGUUCCGUCAGCUGUUGGAAUUUCGCGACAGUUGGCUACCGUUUGUGGCGCUAGGGAUGGUGGAUUUGGAGCAACUGUGCACUGUCCACUGUACAAGCUGGCAGCACUGGGAUAACAAUUUUCGUGCCUGCAAGCGAUUCAGCCAACAGCUGGCAAGGAUACAGGAGCGUGAGAAGGAGAUUGAUUGCUUGGUAAUCAAUUAUGCUCCGCUAUGUAGCGAUAUUGAAGCGCUCAGUCGUCGCUACUGGGAAGCCCUGGCCAGUAGCCUUCGGACGUCGAUUUUGGAUAGUAUUGCGGAAAUUCAGGAGUAUUUGGCGUAUUCGUUCAAUGUGCUGCAAAACAUACCACAGGAUGAGUUAGGAAUUGCUGAAUCGAGCGCAAAGUAUGAAAAGAUCAUUCACGAUCUUCCUAAGAUGGGUGAGUUGAUGAAGUCGCUUCAAGGAAAAGAUUCUUGCUUGGCUGGAUGGUGUAAGGAACGAGUAUCCGCUUUGGGAGGCAUCCUGUUGCAAUGGAACCAACUGCAGCCGUUGAUUGACAAUCACCAGACGUUGCUGCAAGGAAGGUUGGACAUCAUAAAGGAGAACAUUCUACGACAGAUCAAUGAAAUGAACGACGAGGCCGAAAAGUUUUCUAUUCGGUGGGAAUCCACCAUACGAGAUUUGGAGACAAAUGACAAUGCAGACAUGUCGCUGUUCCGGGAACGACAAAGUCAAUGGAAGCAGAUACUCGCGAAACGAGAAUCAUUGAACAAACAAACGGAAAAAUUCAACAUAGCUGUCCCGAAAGAGUUUAAUGAAAUCUUUACCAAACUCGAGCACGACAUUACGGAGCAAGGCAAAAAUUGGGACAUCUUUAAUGAAUUUCUCAACGACUACGACACUGUGGCGAACGAAGAGUGGACCAUCUAUCGUCGGCGUCCUCACCUUUUGACGGACUUUAUCGGUCGCUGGGAGAAGGCUCCCGCUGGUCAACAGGCCAGCGUUGCCAGUGCUCGGAUCAAUACUACCGUAGAGCGGUAUAAAGGCGCCCUACCAGUACUGACAACACUGCAGUCUGAUGCACUGAUUGAGAAACAUUGGGCAAAGCUGUGCAUGAUGUUAUCGAUCGAUUCAAAAUCGCAACACGAUCUUUCCUUGGGCGACGUGUUGGCAGCUAGUGACAAGUUGCUCGACCAGGCAGCAGACAUACAAGCAAUCGUUCGUAGUGCUGCCUCGGAACACGUCAUACGGCAGGCGAUAGUAGAGUUGGAGCAGUGGAGUGUGACCGCUAUGCUGAAGCUGAUUGAUUACACCGACUCGAAGGGUAGUUCAAUGAAACUCAUCAAAGACUACGUAGAGACGCUGAACAAGAUUGGAGACAAUCAAUUUUUGCUACAGUCCGCCAAGAAUUCGGCCUCCUUCGAAUCGUUCUCCGACCAAGCGGAUGUUUGGGAAGAGAAGCUUAACAAUCUCGACUACAUUGUGACGCACCUGAACCAGAUACAGAAGCGAUGGAUCUACCUGGAACCGAUCUUUGGAGUAGGGACGUUGAAAAAGGAAGAAGCUGUGUUUCGAAGUAUCGACAAGAACUUCCGUUACAUCAUGAAGGAAAUCGCCGAUGAUCCGCGAGUGGUUUCGGUGAACAAAAUCAACAAUGUGCUAUCGAUCAUCGAAACGUUGCAGGGACAGAUUACACGAUGUCAAAAUGCGCUAAGCGCGUACAUCAAAUCGAAACGUAACGCUUUUUCGCGCUUUUAUUUCCUGUCCGAUGAUGAUCUGCUGGAGCUGCUUGGACAAUCGUCAAAGGAGACCAUUGUCCAGAAGCACAUCCGCAAGCUUUUCCCCGGUGUUUAUCGGCUGCUGUUGGAUGAUAGUGCUACCAGUGUGAUUGGAUUCGCAAGCGAGGAAGGAGACGAUCUUCGACUUACCGAGCCUAUCACAAUCCAAGGAAUUCCCGUCGAAGAUUGGUUGAACGUGCUGGUCGAGAAGAUUAAGGACACAUUACGCACCCUACUCUUACAAAGUCUGCAAAUGGCUGACUCUUUCGAUUCCAGCACGAUCGAGCGCUUUCCGAUGCAGAUCAUAUGUUUAGCCAAUUCGAUCUCCUUCACCAAACGGACGGAAAAGGCAAUAAUUGGCAUGCAGUUGGCCAAUUUGAAACAGCACGUGCAGAAUGAAAUAUCAAAGUACUCGGCCCUGCUACAUCAAAGCAAGCAUCAGCUAACGGGGAUUAAACUGCGAUCGUUACUUAUCGAUCUGGUGUAUCAGCAAACCACGGUCGACUACCUUCUCGCACACAACGUGACAAAUGUGAGCGAUUGGUAUUGGCUACAGCAGCUCAAGUUCUACGCCGACCCCAAGGCAAACGUUACGGUACGCAUGGUGUACGCCGAGUUUCGAUACUCGUACGAGUUUCUGGGCAAUUACAGCAAACUCGUGUACACUUCCCUAGCGCACAACUGUUACCUGAUUCUAACGCAGGCAAUGCAGCUAGGGCUGGGAGGAAAUCCGUUCGGUCCUGCCGGAACAGGAAAAACGGAAUGCGUUAAAUCGCUCGGCGCCAUGCUUGGUCGCUUGGUGCUGGUGUUUAACUGUGAUGAAAACAUCGACACAGCCGCUAUGGCGCUAAUCCUUUCCGGAUUGGCACGAUGCGGUGCUUGGGGAUGUUUCGAUGAGUUUAACCGACUGCAGGAGGCAACGCUAUCGUCUAUCUCUAUGCUGAUACAACCGCUCCAGCGUGCCCUCAAAGACAAGCAAUCGGACGUCAUGAUGGGUGGUGAAACGAUUCCGCUCGAUCAACACUGUUGCGUCUUUGUCACGCUCAAUCCGGCUGGUGAAGAAUACGGAGGACGUCAGCAGCUUCCGCUUAAUCUGCAGGCACUGUUUCGUCCAAUCGCCAUGCAAGCUCCACGCCCGCAGCAGAUCGCACGCGUCACCCUGUUCGUGGAGGGUUUCAAGCAUGCGGAUCGUCUUGGAGCUCAAAUUGUGGAAUUGUUUGAGCUUUCACAUAAGAUUCUUUCACGGCAAAGACACUACGACUGGGGUCUGCGUGAGCUUAAAGCUGUGUUGUUGGCGUGCGGUGGAGUGCUAAAGUGUACCGAUGGCGAGUCCCGUGAAUACGCUCAAGAAGCGACAGUGGUUGUGAACGUAAUUCGUGCGAACUUGAUGUGUCGGCUUACCAUAAACGAUGCCAAACGGUUCGAUGUGCUGCUGAUCAAUGUGUUUCCCGGCAUUCCAAUUGAGACUACUUCCAAUGCUGACCUGCGUGCGAAAAUCGUCGAUGCUUUCUCUACCUUGGGCCAGCAGCAGAACGAUCGUCAGGUGGAAAAAUGUUUGGAGCUUCAGGCACAACUUCAGAAGCGUAUGGGAGUGGUGGUGAUCGGUCCUCCACAGUCGGGCAAAACAACCAUUAUAGCGCUGCUGAAGGAAGCACUCAUAGCGCAGGGACAGACUAUACGCAUCCAUACUAUCUCACCGAAAUCGAUGAACCGGGUGCAAUUGCUGGGGAAGCUCGAUCCGGACACACGCCAAUGGACCGACGGUGUGUUGACCUCGAUGGCCGUUGCAGUGAACGCGGAAAGUCGUAACGUUACCUCGUGGAUUAUCUGCGACGGAGACGUCGAUCCCGAGUGGAUCGAAGCACUCAACUCGGUGCUGGAUGAUAACCGACUGCUCACACUACCCUCGGGAUGGCGCAUUCAGUUCGGAAGUAAUGUAAACUUUAUAUUUGAAACACAUGAUCUGUCGACGGCAUCCCCAGCGACGAUUUCGCGCAUGGGCAUCAUAAACCUGAAUGCAGAGGAUCUACCGUACCAGCUGGUUGUGGCGGGUUGGUUGGCAAAACAUUCGCAAGAUGAUAUGCUCAAGUCGUACUUCGAUCAGCAUCUCUACCGAGCCAUCGAUUGGAUAGAAGACCACCAGGAAAGGCCGGCUGGUUACGCACUGGGAAGUCUCGCCCAGACUGGACUCGUUGCGAUCGAGAGCGCAAAAAAUGCGGACCAAUUUUGUGCCGAUUUACUUUGCGGUCUGAAUGGAGUGCUUGGCAGUUCAGCGAAGAAUGCACUCUCGAACCAGGUGUAUGCCUGGGCGGACAUAGCAAUUACGGAUGGAGCAGUAGCUGAGUACCACUAUUACAACAGCUUUAGGGACAUGAUUGAGAUGUAUAGUACGGACGAUAUUACGGGAGCUACGAUCGAAAAUGGAAGCUACGUUAAUGUGCUCGUCAGGACACCACUUAUGAAGUUAAACAGUGAUUUGCUGAAGCGUAUCAUUGCCUCCAAAGAACGCCACGUAACGCUGCUCGUUGGUCCAAGUGGUAAUGGCAAGAGUUUGCUGCUACAAACAAUCGUAAGCGAGUUUAGUGGUUAUCAACUAGUAACGAUCAACUGUAGUGCGCAACUGACCACAGCUAACAUUCUCUACACUCUCAAGCAAAACUCACUGAUCGUUACAACCGUCAAAGGAAAAGAAUAUCGUCCAAACUUUUCCCGGAUUGUACUCUUCCUGAAGAACAUCGAUCUUUGCACGGUAGAUUGUUGGGGUACGUGUGAAGUAGUGGAACUACUGUUACAGCUCAUCAACCGACACGGUUUCUACUCCGAAGGUGUCGAAUGGAUCAGUGUAAGCGGUUUGCAGGUGUGUGCCUCAGUGACGGAUCUCGAUAAAACGAUAAUUUCUCCACGGUUCCUGUCCAUGUGUCGUUUGAUUCGCUUCGGACAGCCAACCGAACAGGACAUGGAAAGCAUCGUACGUAACAUUCUGCUCCCAGUGUACAAUCAGUUAGUUAAGGGAACCUCACGACUGAAGCUGCACGAGCUAGUACGCUCCAUCAUCAACGUGUACGUGAAGAUCAACCAACAGUUUCCGCACAGCGAGGCAACGCACUAUCGUUUUACACCCAAAAUGAUCGAGAAGUGGAUCGCGGGCAUGUUGUUCUACACGGAGGAAAACUUUGGAAAAGCACUGCAACACGAAUGUUAUCGCAUCUUUCGCGAUCGUUUAGUAUCGGGAGAGGAUCGAGAACAGUUUGAGGAUAUUAUACGGGAAGAAUUCACUAUGCUAGAACGGAUGGAGCGAGGUGAGCUGUUUGUGCCAAAGGAAGGGGCUCAACGGCGAGGUGACAUGCACAUGAUAUCGUUCGAUCAAUGGCGCAGUAUGGUCGAUCAUAGUAUUACUAUUUGCAAUGCAGAAAAUGUCCUUAUAGACGUACCAAUAAGCAACGCUUUUUGUGAAACUGUCGCUGCCAUCUGUCGAGCGUUGUCACGUCCCUGUGUGAAUUUGGUACUGGUUGGCAGAGCAGGAUCUGGACGACUGCAAGCCCUCCAUACGGCGUGCACAAUGCUUAACGUUCGAGUAGCAUUUCCGCAGAUGUCACGACACUAUUCAAUGGCCGAGUUCAACAACGAUCUUAAGAUAGUGAUGCAAAACUGUGCCCUCGAGAAUGAGCCCGUAGCCUUCUUUCUGCAUCAUGCCGUUGCUAGCUAUCUUCCCGGUGCAAUCAAAACGUGUGAAGCGAUACUAGCUGGUGGAGAUUUGGCUGACUUUUUUGGGGAUGAUUUAGAAAAUAUUGCCGCACCGUUGAAACCUCAGGCAGCUCUGGAAUCGUUCCAGAUGUCACUGUCAGCGUACUUCAUUCAACGGUUACGAGCCAACUUCCACCUAGUGGUGAUCUUGGAGUCGAGAUCACCAACCGUACGAUCACUCUUCGAAAAUUAUCCUGCGCUACAUCAAAAAUCAGAAAUGGUAUGGAUUCUACCGGAAACCGUUUCCAGUGCUGAAGAUUUGAGAACUUAUCUUACGGUAAUUGGAAACGGUGGAGAUGCCGUUCAGCAAUCGCAGCCAGAAUCAAGCGCGAUCGUUCCGCUGCCGGUGUACUUUAACGAUUUAAUCGAUUUGAAGCUAUCCGACUGGAGCUUAUGCCCGCUACGGCGGAUCUUCCUCAUCCGAUCGUACUUCACUCUGUAUGGGCAGGAAAAGACCCAGAAAGAGCAGUACAAGGCAAAGAUUCAGAUAGGUGUUGAUAAACUCUCGGAAACGCAUCGUGUAGUAGAACAGUUGAAGCUCGUAGCCCAAGAAAAGCAGCAAGCGCUGGCAGAGAAGCGCAAACUAGCGAACCAAUCGCUCGACAUGAUCUCCAACACGAUGAGUUCGGCAAACGAUAAAAAAACGGAACUGCUCGACUUGCAGCGACAAGCACAAGAGAGCAGUGAGAAGUUGAUCGAGCGAAAGCGUGCCAUCGAAGAGGAACUUAGUCUGGUAGAACCGACACUCCGCGAGGCAAGUGCCGCCGUGGGUCAGAUCAAAACGGAAGCCUUAUCCGAGAUACGAUCGUUGCGUGCUCCACCGGAAAUAGUUCGGGAUAUCUUGGAAGGUGUACUGAGGUUGAUGGGCAUCCGAGACACUUCUUGGAAUAGCAUGAAAACGUUCCUGGCUAAGCGUGGCGUCAAGGAGGACAUUCGCUCACUAGAUCCGUCACGCAUUAGCCCGGAAAAUUGUGUCUCCGUCGAGAAGCUAUUGCAGACGAAAGCGGAGUCAUACGAACAGCGCAAUGCGAAGCGUGCCUCAGCAGCGGCAGCUCCACUGGCAGCUUGGGUUAUCGCGAAUGUAAAGUACGCGAAAGUGAUGCAGAGCAUUAAGCCACUCGAGCGCGAGCAGAAUCAGCUGAAGGAAAAUCUAGACAAAGCUGAGGCGGACAUGCAAUCGUUGUCUAGUGGGCUGGACAAUGUGAACGAUACCGUGCGGAGCCUAUCCGAGCAGUUGAAUGUGUACACGCAGGAGGCAGCAAUGCUGGAGAUAAAGUUGGAUGAGGCAAAAAAUACAUUGCAUACGGCAGAAAUAUUGGUGCAGAAUCUUAACAGUGAGUACACAAGCUGGAGUAAGGAUCUCGAUGAACUGAACGAUGCAAUUGCUCAUCUGGAUGGGCGAUGUUUUAUGACUGCACUUAACAUCACCCAACUUUCGCAGAUGAGUCUCGAUGAAAGAAGGUCCUGCAUGAAAAAGCUGGCGGAAGUAACAAAUACCCCUGAGUUCAAUUUGGACAAACAGUUGAUCUCCAAUCAAGACAAGAUUAUAUGGGAAAGUAUGGGACUAAGCGCCGAUCAACAGUAUCGCGAAAAUGCCGCCAUGCUCGUAAAGUUCCUUACCCUUUCCUAUUUCGCCACACCCAUCCCACUGCUGAUCGAUCCCUCCGAGUACGGUCAACAGUGGUUGACAAAUUAUCUAAUGUACCUAAACCGCACCUAUGAGCUAACGAGUCAAGGUGCGGAACGGUUUGCCUACAGCCUGGAACUAGCGGUACGGUUCGGUAAAAUAUUGAUCGUAAAGAAUGUGAAUGCCAUUCAGGCCCCGUUGCUGUCACUGUUCUGUACGACCGUGCAGAGUCACUUCAAUAAGAAGCUACUACACGUUGGCAACAAAACGGUCGAUCUUCAUGACGACUUUAAAUUGAUCUUGAUCACACAAAAUGAAACGCUUGCGGUGGAUGAGAGCCUGCGGGCUCAGAUGAUGAUGCUGAAGUUCACCACGACUACCGCCGGACUUACGGAUGUACUGACGUACAAAUGGGUGCAAACGAAACAACCGGAGAUUGAAAGGAAGCGCACCGAGUUGCUCCAGGAAGAGGGUAAACUCAUGAAGGAAAAGCUGAAUCUUCAGGAUAAACUUCUGCAAGAACUUUCGUCCGCUCAGGGAGAUAUUUUGAAGAACGAACCACUGCUUACCACGCUCAACAGCAUCAAGAGCAGUGCGAGUGCAAUUGAAAAAUCGUUGGAAGAGUUUAUGCACGUGCGCGACACAAUUAUGGAGCACUACACGCAACGAACGUCCCUCAGUGAGAUGGCCGCCAGAGUUUACAUGGGACUUCGUCGAUUUUAUGCAAUGAACGUAGAGAAGUAUAUCUCCAUAUUCCUCAGUGUGAUCGAUAACGAUAAACACGCUGGACAGGAUGAACUGUACCGAAUACUGGUGCGAAGAGUAUUCUCCUUGCUUAGCCGAAGCAUACCCAAGGACGAACAGAUCAUUCUAGGACUCAACGUUUGCAAACAAGCAUUCCCCGAGCUGCUGCCCGAACGAGAGUGGGAAUCAUUUGUGCACAAUUUCACCAAUGUUGACGCUUCCGCCACCGAUGGUCAGUGUCCGCGGUGGAUAAGACCAGAACUGGGAGGUAAAGUACUCGCACUGAAAGCCUUACAUCCGGAGCUUUACGCCCGCCUAGAGUUGGAAAAUGAACCGGCUUGGAAAAAGUACAUCGACGCCGAUGAAGCUGUCGCACCCGUUUCGCUGAGCGACUUCCAGCAAAUACUGAUCGCGCAAAUACUUCGUCCAGAUUUGCUCACCAAAACAAUACAUCGAUCGGUACGGAACAUGCUGGGUGUGAAAAGUCUUUACAGCACACGACCGUCGAUAAAAAGUCUUGCGGAGGAGUCAACUCCAGCGGAACCUUUGUUGCUGGUAACAUCAUCCGGGAUGGAUCCUUCGGAGGAAAUUCGUGAUCACGCCCGUCAAACGCCCGGUGUUGGUUUAACCAAAUACAGUGAGUUCUCGAUCGGCAAGGGACAGGAAAUGGAAGCGUUGAAGCUAGUGAAGGAUGCAGCCAACACGGGAAGCUGGAUCUGUAUCAAAAACGUUCACACAGUACCACAAUUCUUGACGACUACGUUGGAUGAUGCACUGAAGACGGUUUCUCUGGCGGAUGGCUUCCGUCUGUGGUUGACAUCGGAAACGGAUCAGCACAUUGGAGAAGCGUUCCAGAAGAAGUGUAACAAAGUGCUUUACGAAUCGCCAGCUGGAUUGAAACAUAAGGUGAAGCUGCUACUGGAACAACACUCUCAAAGCAUUAGCGCGAAGAAGCGUGACUACAAAACGAUCAAACUGUACGUGGGACUGUUUCUAUUGCACUCCAUCGUCCAGGAAAGGCGAUCGUACGUUCCACAGGGCUGGAGCAAGCGAUAUGAUUUCUCAGAUGCGGAUCUACGCACCGCCAUGGACAUGAUACAGUAUGUGGAAAGUUCGGCAACAGGAAGUACUCAAAAAAUUCCUUGGCCUCUCGUGCAAGGGUUAACCGAAAAGCUUAGCUAUGGUGGCCGAAUAGAUAACGAUCAAGACUUUAAUCGCUUGGAGUGUCUCAUCGGAGAGUUUAUCGAUGAGAAGAUUAUGACUAGUCGUUGGCAACCUAUGUUCCUGAACAUAAAUGUACCCAAUUCUAGUCAUGUUGAGGACUAUGUGAAGGCGUUUGACCAGCUUCCGGAUACCGACAGUCCUACGCUUUAUGGCAUUCCUGCCUCAACGAAUGCCUCCCGUGAUCUGAUAUUUUGUCGAAAUACUCUGAAGAUAUUGCUCUCACAGUAUUUCUCCUCCGGAGCGGUCCAAAACUUAGACAAACGGCUUCGGCCUAUUGUGAGUUUGUGGAACAAGCUGCUAACGACGUCGAGUAGUUCUUCAGCUUCCGGAAGCGUCUCAUCAAUUAUUGCCAGGCUGAAUUCUCUUAUCGAACGGUCACGGGAUAGUACCGAUCCGUGGAUGAUCUUCAUCGUAUCGGAGCUGACAGUGGCAAGACAUCUUUACACCGCAAUCAGUGAAAGUUUCCAGGCUCUGAAAGUAGCGCUAAAAGAUGCAGGACUCCUAAAUGCCAAGGACCGCACACUGUUGACGACAAUUUGCGAUAAUCUGGUACCGAUCCAGUGGCGUCGUAUUUGGAGUGGACCUAAAUCAGUUAUCGAGUAUCUGCGGGCGGUUUCGUUCAAAGCGAACCAUACAGAACGAAUGUAUGGGGCGUUGCUGGAACGAGCUGCGAUCGAUCAGAUCGACUUCAAUCAGCUGUUCAACGUGGAAGCGAUGCUGACGGCGUUGAAGCUAAGCAAGUCUAGACAGGCUGCUAUAUCCACUACGGAGCUAUCUUUAUGUGCUACGUUCGGAGUUGGAGGUCUUUCUGCGAAGAAGGGCGUCUUGGUGGCAUCACUUUUGAUUGAUGGCGGCACGCUGAGGCAGAAUAAGCUAGCUAUCCAGCAAACAGCCCUGCACCAAGGACCAGAUAUUAAUGCGACCGGUGCGUUUGAACUGAACUAUGAGUCGCGUGAAUCGACAUCUAUUAGCAAAACGUCCACGCGAGACGAUGUACUACCGGUGCCAUUGUAUAACAACAUUUCGCGUGACACCCUGCUCUGUACGAUCAUGAUGGAGAUUGCACCGGGAUUGAGCAUAACUCAGCUGAUUUCGGCCGGUAUAGCAUUGAUCGUGCCCGAAAGCUAUCAGUAG